GGCUAAAAACCUCUCGUUGAUGAAAUUCGAGGAUGCCGAAGAUGUUCCCAGUAAUUUCCAGCCAUCGUCUUUGGUGGGGUGGGCUUCCGAGGAGAAUCUGCCUGAACCAACCAGUGCUAAACAGGCAGCACUUUCAGCAUGUGCACAUCAGAGUUGGAGACCGGGCUGAACUCAGCAGGGCCUUCACACAGAGGGAUGUGAUUUCCUUCUCAGAAUUAACAGGGGAUGUCAAUCCUUUACAUUUAAAUGAAGAUUUUGCAAAACACACCAAGUUUGGAAAGACAAUUGUACAUGGAGUUUUGAUCAAUGGACUUAUUUCAGCUCUCCUAGGUACUAAAAUGCCAGGGCCAGGCUGUGUAUUUCUUUCCCAGGAAAUUAACUUUCCAGCCCCUUUAUAUGUUGGAGAAGUUGUUUUAGCUUCUGCGGAAGUGAAAAGGCUGAAGCGGUUCAUUGCUAUUAUUGCAGUGUCGUGUUUUGUAAUAGAAAGUAAAAAGACUGUUAUGGAAGGCUGGGUUAAAGUUACGGUCCCAGAAGUUCCCAGAUCCUGAAAUAUGUGUUUAAAGAUGCAAGUUCAUGCAUCAGUGUUAUCAUUAUCAAGAGCCUCUGAGGAAAACAGGGAUUGCUGCUCUUCAACAAGGAAUGGCUAACGGACCCAGCAGCCCAUAUUGGAGGAGGGGAACAGGUAGAGAGGUGUUCACAUGUCCACUUUCCAAGUUGGCUUUAUGGUUCACACAGACUUUAUAUCACCUGCCUGGUUUUUUUAAAUUAAAAAAAUACAUAUUGGGAAGGUUGUUUAGCUAAAGGUUCUACUUUUAGGAUUUCAAACCUAGUUAGAUUUGCAUUUGGAUAACACAAACCCACCUAUAUCUGUAUAGAAUAAGUUUCCCACUGAAUUUCUAACUAGCUAGCAUUUAAUUAUUGAAGGCAACAAUAGACAUUGGGUCAUCUGAACAUCUAUCUUUUACGAGUAAAUAUUCUUAAAUAUUCUUCAACAGCUUCUGGGUCAGAGUUUUUUGUAAUUUGUUACUGUUUACACCAAGGUGGCAUCUUGCUUAACUUUCAAGUGGUACUUGCCUUUCAGAUAGUUUUCCUGUUAUCCGAGAAGGGUUAUCGUGCAGAUUUGGACUCAGCUAUGUAAACUCUUGGUUUAAUCUAUAAAAUGGGGAUACCACCUACCACACAGGAUUGCUAGAGAUGAUAGAUACAAAUAGCAAAGCACAAGACCUAGCCUGUAAACAGUAGCUACUACUAUUAUUCAUUCUCCCUGUGAAUGAAGUUAGAAGUUUUCCUGAGUUUAAAGCUAACCGGCCCACAAGUAAACAGGCCAGUCUUUCAGGAUGUCAGGCAAUCUCUUGGUCUUCUAAACCUGGAAUAGAUCUUGAAAUGCACAGUGUCUGUUUUGGUAAUGCAGAUUAUUUUCUCCCAUCCUUGAAAAUAUUGUGGGUUCCCCCCUUUGUAAAAAUAAUACAUGCUUAUUGUAAAAAAUUAUAAGAAAUAAAAAGUAUAAGAAACA